AUGUUUCAAAAGAAAAAUGAAUUAAAUAAAUUUAUAGAUGACAUAGACAAAGAAUUAAAGAGUUUAUUGUGUAGAAAAGAGAAUGUUAGAGAAGAAUUAAAAGAAAUUUUAAGAUUAACUACUUUUAAAACAAAAAGAGUUUUUCAGUGGUAUAAUGGAGGGUUUAUUAGUGAAAGUGAUUAUAAAAAGUUAAUUAAUGAGAAUAAAAUAAGUAAAGAUUUGAUUAAUCAAUGGAAGAUUAACGGGUAUCAAAAAUUAUGUUGCAUUAGAUGUAUAAUAAACAACAAGGAAGAUAAAGAUAAAGUGUGUAUUUGUAGAAUUCCUAGUGAAUGUCUUAAAAAGAUAGAAAGUUUUACUGAAUGCAAUUACUGUGGUUGUAGAGGAUGUAGUUAG